GCUCGUAACAAUACAAAUAUCAGAUCUACCCGAUCUCUCCUUCGUUGUCAGCAGGUGUGACCCGUCCAGUGUCUAUCACCGUGCUCGAUUGAAAUACCUCGUAUACGGUUGUUCGACAUAUAACUGCUCGCGACCUCUCCAUCACCCCCCCGCACCUUUCCACCUACACCUAAACCCUCCUUCGCCGACCCUCUCUCAUUUCCGUCAUGGCCACACUCCUGCGCACCUCGCGCGGGCUGCGCUCGCUGAGCCGCCUCACACCUCCCGCUCGCGUCUCGAUCCGCACCCUCGCAUCCACGACCGACUCGCGCCGUGGCGCCGCCGCCACCGCAGCAUUCGACUCCUCCUCGUCGACCGAGACACCCUUCUUUCCCGACGAGCCCACGGGUCCCCGUGUCACAACGCCCAUCCCAGGCCCCAACGCCCAAAAGGCCAUCAAAGAACUCGACAAAGUCUUCGACACGCGCUCCCUCAACAUGAUGGCCAACUACCAGCACUCAUACGGCAACUACAUCGCCGACCUGGACGGGAACAUCCUUCUCGACGUCUACGCCCAAAUCGCGAGUAUCCCCGUCGGCUACAGCAACCCGGCGCUCGUCCUAGCCGCGACGUCCCCCGAAAUGGUCUCGGCACUGAUCAACCGUCCCGCACUGGGUAACUUCCCACAGCACGACUGGGCCAGCAUCCUCGAGACGGGCAUUCUGAAGGUCGCCCCGCGUGGUCUGAACCAGGUCUUCACAGGCAUGUCCGGCUCCGACGCCAACGAAACCGCGUACAAGGCAGCCUUCAUGUGGAAGCGCCAGCAGCAGCGCGGAGGAGCGCACGUCGAGUUCACCGACGCCGAGAUCGAGAGUUCCAUGAACAAUGCGUCUCCAGGCAGUCCGGAGCUCAGCAUCAUGAGUUUCAAGACGGGCUUCCACGGGCGCCUUUUCGGGUCCCUGUCCACGACGCGAAGCAAGCCCAUUCACAAGAUGGACAUUCCGGCAUUCGACUGGCCUCAAGCCCCGUUCCCGAGCCUCAAGUAUCCCCUGGAGGACCAUGUCAAGGAGAACGAGGCCGAGGAGAAACGCUGUCUCGAGGAGGCCGAGCAUAUCAUCAAGAACUACCACAACCCGGUAGCGGCCGUGGUCAUUGAGCCGAUCCAGUCCGAGGGCGGAGACAACCACGCCAGUCCGGCCUUCUUCCAGGGUCUGCGCGAGAUCACAAGGCGGAAUGGUGUCCUGCUCAUCGUGGAUGAAGUGCAGACUGGAGUGGGCGCUACGGGAAAGUUCUGGGCACAUGACCACUGGAAUCUGCAGAACCCGCCGGACAUUGUCACGUUCUCGAAGAAGGCACAGACGGCGGGAUACUACUUUGGAAACCCGGAGUUGAGACCCAACAAGCCAUAUCGGCAGUUCAACACGUGGAUGGGUGAUCCGGCAAGAGCUCUACUCUUCCGUGCUAUCAUCAGUGAGAUUGAGAGAUUGAAUUUGGUCGAGAACGCGGCUACGGUUGGUGACUAUCUCUAUGCUGGUAUCGAAAGUCUGGCCAAUAAAUAUCCUCAUCAGUUCCAGAAUCUGAGAGGGAAAGGCCAGGGUACUUUCAUUGCAUUUGACAGUCCCAAACGUGAUGAGUUCUUGCUCAAGGCCAAGACUCUGGGUAUCAACAUCGGUGGCAGUGGUGCUUCGGCAGUCAGACUGAGGCCUAUGUUGGUCUUCCAGAGGCAUCAUGCUGAUAUUCUCCUCGAUGCGAUGGAGAAGUUGGCCAAGUCGCUUUGAGGGAAGUUUUGGUGACGCCCGUUGGAAGGCCAGGCGUUGUUCCUGUCCAGGGUGGAAAAGUACUCUGCUUGCUUCCUCCUGGCACCGCUCGCGUAUUUAUAGCAGGAGGCUUCGGAUUCAUGCCGGAUGUUGAUGCAUUUAGCCAUAGUAAAAUGCGAAUUUCCUUUGCCGUUCAA